AUGGUGUUUCGAUCAGCUUCUACCACCAUGGGUGGUUUUGAAACUUUCCAGUGGCAAGGGACGAGUUGGUCCCUAGUACCGACCGCCAACUUCACGAACCCACCAGGAAUUUCGGCGUUCAGAUUUGCAGUCGAUGGGCAACGCCUCGUCUUGACCACCGUGACUAUCAACGCCGGGGUAGUCCCCGUUGUUUACGUGCAUCUCGGUUGA